AUGGAUAACUACACCAACGACUUGAAGUGCACUCAGUGCAUUGAUCUCGCCGCAAACGUCGCUGAUCUCCAACAUGCUCUCAGAAUCACCAGAAUUGAAAUCAAGCGCCGAGAAAUAAAAGCCACGGCGCCAUUUCAAUUCGACAAGAAGGAUAUGAGAAUUAUCAAACUAGAAUCUUGCGUCAAUGAAGCUCAAGAAGCGGAGAUCAAAGCUGCUGAGGCUGCAUACGAGGAAUGUAAACGACAUCUGGAAAUUGUAAAAAGUCUUGACUGUAAGGAUCUGGAGGCAAAGAAAGAUGAGUGUGCUAAGCUUGAGAAGGAUCUUGAGGUAAGAAGGGAGCAAGUAUAUGAUGCUAAGAGAAGGCAGUUGGAGUAUCUGGUGAACAUCCGCUAUGCAGAUGAUGACUGA